CACACACAUACACACACAUCCACCUAGAGACGCACCAUAACAUCACAUAAUUACAUUUAUCGACAUUAUUUCUCCACUGGACAUUGAUGCAUUUGCCUCAACGGUCGCCGUAGCGGUCCAUCCGAUCGUUAUUGCUCUUAUUUCCUUCCUGCCCGCAUCCAAGGACUGAUCUACGCUACAAGAUGGCUGAGUUGAAUUUGGGGAAGGGGCUGACAGCAGGGAAAGUGGCCAGCAACGUCCAGAAAAAACUCACAAGAGCCCAAGAAAAGGUUCUUCAGAAGCUUGGCAAAGCCGAUGAAACCAAAGAUGUUGCUUUUGAGGAGGGAGUGAUCAACUUCAACAAACAAUAUGCUGAAGGCAGCAAAUUGCAAAGGGACCUUAGGGCGUACCUGGAGGCAGUGAAAGCCAUGCACGAGUCCUCCAAGAACGUGCAGGCGUGUUUGGCCGACAUGUACGAGCCGGACUGGUACGGCAAGAACGACGUGGAUUCCAUCGUGGAGGACUGUGAUGUGCUGUGGACUGACUACCACCAAAAGUUGGUGGAUCAUGCUCUCAUCUCCAUGGAUACGUACCUGGGCCAGUUCCCUGAUAUCAAGGCACGUAUCGCUAAGAGGGACAGGAAACUGGUGGAUUUCGACAGCGCCAGGCACAACUAUGCCACCACACACAAGGCCAAGAAAAAGGACGGGGGCAUUAAAAUAACCAAGCCCUCCUCUUUGUUGGAGAGAGCCACUCCAGGCUGGGCUCAGGGUAUCCUGUCUGCACACAAUGUAGCCCAGAGCAGUCUGUCCCGGAGCCAGGCCGAGGAAGAGUUGGAGAGAGCCCAGAAGGUCUUUGAGGAGAUUAAUAUUGACUUGCAAGAGGAAUUACCUUCACUCUGGAACAGUCGGGUCGGGUUUUAUGUCAGCACCUUCCAGAGUUUGGCCGGUUUUGAGGAGAAGUUUCACAAGGAAAUAGCCCGGUUGGAUCAGGAUUUGUAUGAUACCUUGGUGAAAUUAGAGGGAACAGACACAACCAGAAAGACAGGUACCAGCGGCCCCUCAUCGUCAGGAAAAAAUAGGAGUGGUGCAAGUGCUCCAAGUGCUCCAAGUGUUCCAAGUCCUCCAAGUGCUGCAAGUGUGAAAGAAGCAUCUAACCACACUCUCAGGCCAGGAGGACCACCGCCAAUCCCCAAAUCUCCAUCCAAGCUAAGGCCUGCAGUGCCUCCUCCACCCAAACUGACCCCAUCGAAGGAAAUGAAGACAGAGAACAUCAUCGGCCUGUUUGAUGCUGCAGCUACUCCUGAUAUCAACGUCACCUCACCUACAGAGUUCGACAGUCCUGCAGUGAGCAGCCUGUUGGACAUGGACCUGGACUCUUUCAGUGCAGCAACCAAAGCCUCCGCGGUCACACAGCCUGCAAACUGGGACUCAUGGCAUGAGGACAAUGGUGCCCAGGAAGAGUACAGCGAGCAGCACUAUGACCCUGUGGCUGCUGCUGCAGACGCCUGGGGGGAUGAUGGUACGCAACCGGUGCGAUAUGACCCCAUAGCAGCUGCCACAGAGGGCUGGGGGGAUGACGGGACCCUUCCGGUCCGCCACGACUCUGUGGACGCAGCUGAAGAGGGAGGGGGGGAUGAUGAGAGCCAGCAGGUUCAUGACGAUGCUGUGGCUGAAGCCCAGGAGGAGUGGGCCGAUGACGGGAGCCAGCCAAUCACAGAGGAGCCCGUCCCCGAGGACGAAACACCUGCAGCCGAGGCUCCAGCUGAGGCCGCAGAGGAAGAAGCCGCCCCGGCUGCCAACUCAGUGGAUGAGGAAGAGGGUCAGGGUGAGUCUGCAGCCGCUGCUGCAGCACCAGAAGAAGAAGCGCCGACAGAGGAGACACCUGAAGCUGUGGCAGAAUCAACAGAAGUAGCAUCAGAGCCCACAGAAAUGCCACCUGGCCUCUUGUACAAGCUCCAGGUGAUGCAUGAUUAUGCUGCCAACGACACAGACGAACUGGAGAUGAAGGCGGGUGAUAUCGUGCUGGUUAUCCCCUUUGACAACCCCGACGAACAGGACGACGGCUGGCUGAUGGGAAUGAAGCAGGACGACUGGCUGCAGAACAAAGAAAAUGCCGUUAAAGGAGUAUUCCCUGAGAACUUCACCCAGCGGCUGUGAGAGAGGAGGACAGGACAUCAUUCCAGCUUCCUUCUUCAUCUCUUUCUUCCUCUUGCCGCAAUCCUUCCUCUCCUCUCUCCUCCUGAUACUGUAUCUUUCCUAGGACUUUGGCCAUAGAAGCAGAGCUGUCACAGCCCUGGCUGAAAUCAUGAUUUUCUAAGGUCUGCUACACUGUGCUAAAAUUGGAUCUUGGCAUUUCUGUGGAUUUCUGCCAGCAUUUACAAUUACAGAUGUAGCCAUUACACAGGCCCCACACUUUGCUGCACUCUAGCUGCACUAUUGUUGCCACUCCACGCCCGAGGCAUCGAUCAGACGAUCCUCUCCAUACAGGAGAGCUGCAGAGACGGGAGCCUCUGCAAUGGCUGCUGCUGCAAUUGCAUUAUGAUGUUUUAUCCUUAGCCAUGUCUCAUCAUCAACUCUCCAAGGCAUAUUCCACCUUCAUAACAGUGAAAAUGUCUUUUGAGAUGUGCUUUUGUUCAUUUGAUACGGAGAUUGAGAACAGUGUACAAUUACUCAGACAACGUCAAGUGUAGCAGAGUUUCCCUCACACACUAAGCCCUGUUUUAUAAAGGACAGGGCUGUAAUUACUAAAGACAGGCUGACAGGCAGGUAAACACACAUUGAGUAGAGUUCUCACUAUGUUUAGAAACAUUCACCCAGUAGAGUAACACACUGAAUAAGUAGAACCACAGAAGUUAUGAAAAGUCCUUUGAACACAUAAGGUGCAGGAUCAUUAUCUAACCCAGGGAUGGGCAACUUAAAUGCUGCAGGGGGCCACAGUUUAUGAUUGAUACUACCACAGGGCCACAUAUAGGACCGUGCACUUAACCAGAUAUGAUGAAACUGCAAUUUUAAAUAUGUUUACAGUGCAGUAACUUAACAUAUUUCAUGCUCAAAUGCAUGUAUAAAAGUAUAAAUAGGAAUACAAAAGGUUUGAAGCAAAUAAAAAUAACCACUUACUGUGAUUUCUUUUUUUUAGUGCAAGAACAGCAGACCAACAUUAAUUGCAAGAAGUAAUUUUGUGCAUUUUUACACUGCACUUUUAAGAUUUCAUGCUCAAAUGCAUGUAGUUGUACUGAGGGCCACUUCAAGGCCGUAUGUGGCCCCCCGGGCCUCCAGUUGCCCAUCCCUGAUCUAACCAGUUAAACAGUGAGGAAUUCAAAUAGACGAAACAAAAUCAGCAUCUCAUCAACAAAUGGACUUAAAUUUAGCUCGUCACUAAUGUUGUUGAGGCAGAUCUCCUCCUUCUCAAGCUGAACUGGGUUGUUGAAACACAUUUCUGUUUUUGGCAAUAGUCUGUUUUAGCCACAUGUGUAGCCAUCAAGUGUAAUUUGUUUUCUCGGGCAUGCAGGUUUUCUCACCUGCGCUGGCUGUCUGCAUGUCUGACCAUAGAGACAGAGUGCAUCUGAGUCCUGUCCUCACUGGAGGGGAAACAAUUCAAAGCUCUCCCUUCAGAUGUAUUCAGUCAGGGUGCCUCCUCUCAUCCUGUCUGCCAGCAAAAAACCUGUUUAAGAGCAACUGUAUGAUGGGCUGCACUACCAACAGGGCCAAGGACUCAAUACUAUAAGUAUUUAUAUGCUUCUUGACCUAAAAACAUCUGGAAAAGUCUUAAAUAGGACAAAAGGGCAUACAGGUGUAAACAGACAUGAGGCAUCAGCAGGAAGAACGGGAAAACUGUGAUCCUGACACUCAGUAUGUCUAAGGCAAACUAUAUAUCUUUAAUAUAUAUAUAUUCUUUAUUUAACCAGGUAAAAGUCUUGUUGAGAUUUUAAAAAAUCGGUAACACUUUACAAUAACCAACUAAGUGAUGUUUAUAGAUGGUUUAUAGACCAAUUAUUAACCAUUUACAAAGUGCUGUACAUAAUUAAUCUUUAAAUGUUUUAAACCAAUUUCUUAAAAGUAAAUGAAUCAUUUCAAAAUCAUUAACAUACUUAAUAUGGUGUUAAAAAUGUUAUAAUGAGUGCAACUAAAACCAUUAAUAAGCUAUUAAUUAUAUUUUAUUGGUUUGUUAAUGGCAAAGAAACUAUAAACUUACAUUAAUAUAUCAUCUAUUUGCCAUCUAUAAAUGAUUUAGUUAGUUUAACAUUAAUAAAAAUAUGUAUUUACUAUUCUAAAUGGCCUAUAUAUGGUUUAUAAAUGAUGAUUAAACAUUAAUAAACUAUCUGUUUACCAUUUAUAAAUGAGGGUUAUUGUAAAGUGUUAACAAAAAAUCUCUUUUCCAAGAGAGGUCUGGCCAAGAAAGCAGCAUAAAAAGUGACAAGAUACAACAUUUAAACACAGUUAACAUGAACAAUUAAAUACAAUUAAAUACAAAUAUACAGCCAUCAUAAUAUCAGUGAAAGAGCCUCAAGUAGAGACUCAUAAGGAGCAGUCACACUGACCAAGGGAAAUUAUUUCUUUUUGACAGGAUAUAACUUGUGUCAUAGUUAAAUUAAGCUUGCUUUCUUCCUCUCUGGUAGAUCUAGGGCGCUAAAAUAAUCCAUUGGCGCUCUAAAAACAAGAUUUUUGAGCAAGAUACAGGUAUUUUGUUAGCGUUUCAACCCUCGGUUAUAGUAAUAUCGACUGUUUUCUCCUCCGGUGGGCGUAGUUUUCAGAGUAUGACAUGUUGCACUCUGUCUCUAUAUAUCAGUGGAGGUGGACCAUAGCAGUGUUGGUGCCAGAAUUUGUUGUUUACUGAUCAACAUUCAGUCUAAUCAGUCCUGGGGUGCUGCUGACACGAAGCCUGUUUCAUUUGGCCCACCUUUUAUUCCUACUUUAUCUACUUGUGAAACGUUGAAACAUGGGCCCCUGGUUGUUGUAUUUGUUUAGAUCCAAUGGUGGUAUAAGUUGUAUGAACCUAUUGUUGAAAUCCAAAUAAAUGCAAAAAGCAUUUAACUGGUCAUCUGAAACCAACUGAGUUCAAAACAGCAGGAAUUCAAUAGAAAAUUGAUUUAAAUUUCCAACCAGAUAUUCUGAUCACAGAGUCCUAUAGAGUAGAAAAUCCCCAAAUGUUUUCAUCUUUGACCGUCAUGUUUUUUACUCCUUGUUGUUUGAAUUAGUGUGAAGUUGUGUGGAGUGGGCAUGUAAAAAAAAACUUUUCAAGGACUUUUUUUUUUCACAAGGGAUUCCAAAUAUGCAUUAGCCAGGCUCGCUGAAAAGCUAGCCACCAAACUACAACAAUGAGAUGCUGCUACUGGUAGUAUAAUAGAUAGGCAGAUAUGGUUACACCUUAAAGGGACAGUUCACCCAAAAAUCAACACAGUUUUCCUCUUACCUGUAGUGCUAUUUAUCAGUCUAGACUGUGUGUAUUAGCUGUAGAGAUGUCUGCCUUCUCUUCAAUAAACUGGAACUACACGGUGCUCGGCUCGUGGUGCCCAAAGCGCCAAAAAAUGCAUUUAAAAAACUCAACAGUAAUGUCUCUUUUUGCAGAAAUCACAACCCAGUUACUUAUAAUCCACAAACCAUGUUAUUUAGUUUCAUGCAUGCACUAUUUUCUUUAAGGAAAUUUGAUUUUGGGGGUGAACUGUCCCUUUAAUGCUAAUCAGAUAUAUAAUUACUGAGCCAGCCUCAUUGGUUUUUUGAAAAAAAAUGUGCCGAAAACAAUUCCUUCCGUUUGCAUAGAGAGACGACUCAAAUGCAAACGAUUCAGAAUAUGCACCAGAGCAACUUCUUUUAUUUUUGUAUGCUGCCAAGCAAUGAUUACAUAUAGCCUAAUAUAACUAUGUCGACAUAAUUGCCAACUUACUGUAGGAUGUUAUGGAGUGUUUUGUACUUCUGUCAGGUUUACCGCUCUCAACAUAGCCGCUUACUGUAGGUAGUUAAAACUAUCUCACGUUCAUUCAGUCACAGACUCAAACACAGAGUCACGAUGAUGUUAUUAACAUGUAAUAAGUGUGCGAGAAAAUGCUGUGUGCGACUGUGUGUGUGUGUGUGUGUGUGUGUGUGUGUGUGUGUUUACGGGUGGUUUGGAGACAUAAAUUCUUUAUCUAUAGGCUAUUGUUAUUGGACGAUAUCACCACCACCUACCAGGGGAUGAGGUCGUUGGUUUUACAGGAAGUUUUUCUGACUGCACAGAAACAACUCUUUGGGUCUUUUUCCGCUGGCUGGUAUUAUGGUUCCAGGUGUUAUUGUGCAUUUGUUGUGUAUAAGUGUAAUUUUGCCAAGCUGUGAUGACAGAUACAUAUUCUAUAAAGACAUUCAUAUCUGUAUGUGAGUUAAUGUGAGCAUGCUGACUUCCCAUGUGUUGUUGUGUGAACACCCUUAAUUUAAGACGAUGAUACUUGGCUCACUUUUGAGGCAGCUGAAACAGGCAAUUUUUUUUAAUUAUUAUUAUUUAUUUUCUUAAUCCAAAUAAGAGGGAUGCUGGGCAGUUAUAUAUAUUGUGUGUUUUUUCCACCAUUCCCUCUCAAAUCAGCCCUGAUUAUAAUUGCUGGAUGUCCAUCAGCUUUGCCUCAAAAUGUUGCAUGGGUAUCGUAGUCCAAACAGACUUAAACAUGAUUACUGGAGACAGGACACAUAGAGAAACGCUCCGAACCGCCAGACUCAGGUGGACGAUUUUUUUGUAAUGGUUUUCAGUAUUUUAAACACUUGAGAUGUGCAUGGUUUUUUCAUAUGUAUUUAAAAAUGCCUCACAUGUGAGAACAUCACCUGCACAUUUAGGUAAAACCAAUCACUUUCAUAUUUUUAUUUUUAAACAUAUGUAACUUGGUGAGUGUCUCGCCUGGGUCUGGUUCUCUAUUUGUCUGUAUGGAUGAUGAUGUCUCCUGUGAUAAGCUAUGGGAUACGACAAAAGGGAUUUUCCUGUACCUAACUGACCAAUAAUAAUAAAGAUUAUGUAGAAUCUGA